AUGCAAGUCAGAAAUAUUCAGAACAUAGCACCGAGUCUAACUGACAAGAGUAUAAAGAUAUACUAUGAACAUGUUAUGAUGAAACCAACCAAAAUUCAAGAAAGUCAGUAUACUUAUGAAUAUCCAAGACACUGGGUAGAGUAUGUAGGAGGUGAGAAAGCUAUUGAAAUCAGACAGGUUCGAAGUAUUCCAGCAGGAAGAACAAUAUUAUUGAAGAACUUUAAUGUUUUGAGGUAUAAUGAUGAAACAAAAAAGCAAGAUAGUUUUCCUGUUGCUGUGUAUGUGAACUUAGAUACAGGAGAUGACAUGAAAGUUUUUAAUACAAAGCUUCAAACGGUAGUGAGAGAACAACUGACUGCGGAAGGACAUCCAUUACCUUCAGAAGUUACCAUAGCAUAUAAUUUUGAAACAAACUCAAUAGAUUUUAAAGUCGUCUCUGCAAAGAAGUCAGGUUUUACAUUUAAUGAAGCAGAUGUAUAUUCGAAUGAAAACUUCAAAGCUAUUGCAUGGUUAGAUAAUGACGAUUGCUUUAAGAAAAUAUUUAAAUACAGUGACUCAACGAUGUCAAUAGAUGACCUUCGUGGAAUGUUACCAUCGACGUUUACAGUAGAAGGUUCAGCAGGAUUGCUUACAAGAUUGUCAAUUGGUGGUAUUUGGUCUCGUGAGAACAUUGUUAUAAAAUCCAGUAUAAGUGAAUUUGCUGAAGAAUCUAUAUUAUGUCUUUCAAACUACAUGUAUUCGCCGCCGAAGCAUUAUAGUAUAACAAACUUUGUCAGUAAGUUUAACAUAAGACUUGUCGAACCUUCUUCAAUGAAAGAUGUUGUGCUACCCAAAGACGGAAAGGAUGGACUCAUUAUUGAGAUGAUUUUAAUAGCAUAUUAA